GGGGCGCGGCGGCGCGUGCCGGCGGCCAUGUCGGAGCUGGCUCGGGAGGAGCUGUCGGCGCUCGCCGCCAUCUACUGCGAGCCGGGUGCCUGCGAGGUGCUGGCGGCCUCAGAGACGCAUGGAAUCUCAUUUAGAAUUCAAAUCAGUGUGAAAGAAGUGCUGGAUACAGAUGUACUUUUAAAGCUGUUAUUUCAUUUACCAGUCAAUUACCCAUCAACUGUACCAGAUAUUUCUGUUACCUCAGACCAGCUUACAAGGGCCCAGUGUAUGGAUGUGAGAGAGAAAUUUCUUGAAGAAGCCAAGAAGCAUCUUUCUGAGCCCAUGGUACAUGAUCUGAUCCUUUGGGUACAGCAGCAUCUUAAAGAUGUCAUUAAGCAAUCAGCAACAGUUUGCAAUGAAAAAACUACUUUGUCAAAAGGAACAGAAGAUGGUAUCUGGAUGCUCCUUUUGCAUUUAGAUCACAUGAGAGCAAAGGCAAAAUAUGUGAAAACUGUGGAAAAAUGGGCUUCAAAUCUAAGGCUGACUGGAAGACUGAUGUUCAUGGGCAAGAUAAUAUUGAUUCUUCUUCAGGGUGACAGGAACAGCAUUAAGGAGUACUUGAUUCUUCAGAAAACUUCUAAGGUAGAUGUGGACUCAAGUGGAAAGAAAUGCAAAGAGAAAAUGAUGAGAGUACUGUGUGAGACAGAACUACAGUCCCAGUAUAAAAGGUUUCAGACCUUUGAAGUCAAAGAAUAUUCAGCACCGGAGGAGCUACAAAAGGAAUUUGAAACUGCAGGACUUACAACUCUUUUCUCUGAGUUUGUGCCUCCUCUCUUAAAAUAAAAUUAAAAGAAACCACUGGACCUUUGACCAAAGCAGUGGUUGACUGCAAAUGCUAAUGGAAGAUAAAAGGACUAAUGUGGCAAAACAAUCUUCAAGCUUUUCUGCAAGAAAUGUUAGUAGUAGUCAUCCUUCUGCAAGAAAAAGGCAAUUAAUACAUUAAGAACUGAUAAUUUUUUGACAUUCAUGUCAAAAAACAAUGUGAUGUUGAUUGUUAUAAUUGCAUGGCAAGCAUGAGAGACUGGGAAGAAAUAAUGCUAAAAAAUAGUCUUCUAGUCAGACUCUGUUUUAUAGUCCCUCUUUUCAGUGCUGGUUCCUCUCUCUCAUGGUAGAAUGUGUCAAUGAUGGCUUGUUAGAACACAUGAUUAAUUUUGCUUUGGAAGACUGUGUGACGAUAUUUCCAUAAAAACAUAGCAAACGCACAUUUAAAUAUGUGAGGACAGCACAUACCUAAUGUCCCUUAGGAGUUCCUGUGCUAAUUUUUCAUUCUCCUUUUAAUUGAUUACAAAUACUAGAUGGUUGAUUUGAGGAAAAAGCUCAUGUCAUUUGAGGCCUGAAAAAAACUUAGAAGUGUCUUUUUGAAUAUUAGUUUUUAUUUUAAAAUUUAUAAAAACACCCACAUGGAGGAUUUAAAUUGAUGAAAAGCUGAGGUAGAGCCAAUUGUAAUAUUUUCUUUGAUAGUUUACAGAUGUCUUUUUGCACUUUAUCUGGUUUUACUGUCUGUGCAGCUUCAGAUAUCUUGAUUCAAUUAAACUGUUGGAGCAGUAUAUAUGCAGACUUUAGUCUUCCAUCUUUCAAGGCUUCUGCCAAGUUGUUUUUGUUUGUUUAUUUGGGUUUUUUGGACUGGUCACUGGCCUUGGCCAACCUGUAAAUUUUUUUAAUCAGUAGUUUGUGUUUUACAUCUGUAUAAUGUUACAAAUUAUGCACAUAAUUUUAUGAAUUGUGCAAGUUCUGUUUACCCAGAGAGGAUUGGAUGCUUAUUUAUUAUGAUUAUGAAUGUGUGUCCUUUGGUUUCUAUUUUACCUGAAACCAUUCUCUAACAAGACUAGAUAAAUUAUCCAGUAAUAAAAAUUUUGCUAUUAUGAUUUUCUUUGUAGCUGGCACUGCCAUUUGCCAUUUCAAUUUGCUUUAGCAUGUAGCUAAACAUGUGCUUUACUGCUCUCUAAAAUACAGUCUCAGAAGCCAAAUGUCUCGUGUAUUCUGUAAUUAAACAGAUUUGAUCAA